GCUGUCUAUUUAAAAGUCUAUGUCUACUUAAAAUUCUAUCUUUGUGCUGGAAUUGGUGGCGCAUGUUUGUAAUCCCAUGACUAGGGAAGCAGCAGUGGGAGGAUGGUGAUUUCAAGACCAACCUGGGCUGCGCAGCAAGUCAAGGUCAGCCUGGAUAACAUAUAGAAACUUUGUCUUACAAAAUAAAAUUCUGUGGCUUUUUUUAAUAGCUUAUGUGAACAUUCUCACUUACUAUUCUGAAACUUCCUGGCAGAGCCCCACCUCAACAGCUGCUUCCAAGUCUCUCCUAUUCCAGUGAGGGAGUAAGCCUGACUCACCAGGUGCUUCCUGUGUGCCCCUCUGUUCUCCCUUUGUGGUUGUGUGCACACUGACCAAGAUUUUUGGUUUUUGUUUUCUAGGACAGGGUCUCAUUAUGUAGCUAAGGCUAGCCUUGAACUCACUGUAUAACCCAGGCUUACCUCAUGGUGCUCCUCCUGCCUCAUUCUCUGGAGUGCUUGGAUUACAGGCGUGCACCACCACACCCAGCUAACAGUCUGUCAGUAUCUCCUGUCUGUUGUUUGGAGCAGAGUUGGAGCAAAAAUUGUCUAGAGGGUAAUAUGUAAUCUGAGAUUCUUAGAUUUAGAGAAUACCGUGAGUAGCACUGCCAAAAAGAAUUGUAAUAUGAGCUACAUAUGUAAUUAAAAAUUUUCUAGUACUCAAAAAGUUUUAAAGUAUAGAAUAAUAUGCAAGGUAUAUACAUAAUCUUACAUAUUUUAGUAGUCAUAAAAUAGUAAAAAGAAACUAGCUAAUUGUAAUGUUUCAUUUAAACCAAAAUAACCAAAAUAUCAUUUAAAAUGUAUAAUUAAUAUAAAAAUCACUGAGAUAUUUUGCAUUCUUUUCUUCCUAAACUCUUCACUAUCUGGUAUAAAUAAACCCAAUUUCAUUUAUAUGUUCUAGCACAUCUGAAUUUGGACUGGUCACAAGUUGAGUGCUCAAUAACUACAUUUGUAAGCUAACAUGUUCGACAUUGUAGUUUUAGAAUUUCUUUUAAAUUUGAAAUGUAAUUUAAAUAUUUUAAAGUGUAGUAAUAUCUAAAUAUAACUGCUUUGUAAUCUAACAUGUCCCAAAAGUGGACUACUCUAUGGCAUGUUAAAAUAUUCAAUAAAUGGUUUGUUAUAAUAAAGAAAAAUGAUAAUGAUAUAAUAUAAGGACAGCUAAGUCCAAAAGAAAUUCUUUAACUUUAUGCAAACUUUUUCAAAAUAGAGAUUUUACUGUUCAUUCAGGGGAGAAAUUCCAUCAAUUUUUUUCUAGUCCUUAAAGGAAAAGAAGAUAGAAUAAGUUAUAUUUAUUGAUAAAUGUUUAGGUCCUUUGCAAGCAGUAUUCUGUUACUUCAGUUAACAGGGAGUUUCUGAUAAUCACCUGAACAUGUCUGAAAAGAAAUAAAAUUAGGUAUCACAUAAUAUAUAAGAAGGUUUGGCUAUAGCAGUGUUUGCAAACUACAGUUACUACACGUUUGGCCCAUUAGUCAAAGUCUGCUUUUGUGAAAGCAAAUGACAUUUUAAGAAACUUGUUUAAAAAGAAGAAGAAAAUGUAGCAGAGACUAUAUGUCACAUGCAAAGCUUAGUAUUGCCCCCUUGUAGAAAACAUUUACUAGUCUCUGGUGUGUGUGUGUUAUCUUUUUUUAAGUAGCAAAGAUUGAGUCCAGGGCUUUCUUGCUGAGCUGUGCUCCUCAGCUGCUUUUUAACUUUUCAAAAUUUUGAGACAUGGUCUCACUAAUUCAUUAAAUUGCCCAAGCUAUACUCAGACCUGCCAGCUUCCCAGAAUGCUGAGAUUUCAGGCAUGCAGUAGAAAUUUUCAGGAACACGUGUGUUGUUUCAGUCACACUUACUUCCUUAUUCCCACUUACAGACAUUGCAGGUUUCUAGCAUCAGCCUGAUUAUUUGAUAUAUAAAAUGAGCAUAUGUAUUUAAGACCCUUUUACCAUCUUAAAGUUGUUUUCCUUCACCUUAUGAAUAAUACAUGUGUUUGUCAUUUCAGGAUUUGGUGAUGUUUAGAGAUGUGACUGUAGACUUUUCUCAGGAAGAGUGGGAAUGCCUGAACUCCUAUCAGAGAGAUUUGUACAGAGAUGUAGUAUUAGAGAACUAUAGCAACUUGGUGUCACUAGCAGGAUGUUCUAUUACCAAACCACAUGUGAUUACCUUAUUGGAACAGGGGAAAGAGCCCUGGAUGCUUAUGCAGGAUGAGAAAAGAUGGAGUCUAGAUUUGGGAUCCAGAUGUGACACUAAAAAGUUAUUUGAAGAAAAGGACUUCUAUGAAAUCAAUUUAUCUCAGUGGGAAAUAAUGGAAAGAGUUAGAAGUUGUGGGUUCGAAGACUCUUUUUUCAGAAAAGAUUGUGAAUAUAAAAUGUUUGAGGGACAAGAGAGUCCCUACAAGGUAUACUUCAGGCAAGUGACAAAAAGUACCCCUGAAAAAAUAGCCACUUAUAGAGAAUUCUCAUCGAUUGCUUUAUAUCUGAAAAAUCAAAAGAAAGAAAAACCCUAUGAAUGUGUGGAUUGUGGGAAAGCUUUUAGAGUACGCCAACAACUUACUUUCCAUCAGAGAAUCCAUACUGGUGAGAAACCCUAUGAAUGUAAAGAAUGUGGAAAAACCUUUAGACAGUGUGCCCAUCUUAGUCGACAUCAAAGAAUUCAUACAUCUGACAAACUUUAUGAGUGUAAAAAAUGUGGAAAGAUUUUUAUGUGUAGCUCAGAUCUUCGUGUACAUCAAAGAAUUCAUGUUGGUGAGAAGCCAUAUGUAUGUAAAGAAUGUGGGAAGGCCUUUAGGGUACGAGGACAACUUAAUCUCCACCAAAGGAUUCACACUGGUGAGAAACCCUAUGAGUGUAAGGAAUGUGGCAAGACCUUUAGACAGUACGCACACCUUACUCGACAUCAGAGGCUUAAUAUUGCUGAGAAGUGCUAUGAGUGUAAGGAAUGUGGUCAGGCUUUCUUGUGUAGUACUGGCCUUCGAAUCCAUCACAAACUGCACACUGGUGAGAAACCCUAUGACUGUAAGGAGUGUGGAAAGGCCUUUCGAGUGCGGCAGCAACUUACUCUCCAUCAGAGAAUCCACACUGGUGAGAAGCCCUAUGAUUGUAAGGAAUGUGGGAAGACCUUUAGUCGUGGCUAUCAUCUAACUCUCCACCAGCGAAUCCAUAGUGGUGAGAAGCCAUAUGAGUGUAAGGAAUGUCAGAAAUUCUUUCGUCGUUACUCAGAACUUAUUUCCCAUCAAGGUAUUCAUAUUGGAGAGAAACCUUAUGACUGUAAGGAAUGUGGGAAGGCCUUUAGGCUGUUCUCACAACUUACUCAACAUCAGAGCAUUCAUUUUGGUGAGAAACCCUAUAAAUGUAAAGAAUGUGAGAAGACAUUUAGACUGCUCUCACAACUAACUCAGCACCAGAGCAUUCAUACUGGUGAGAAACCCUAUGACUGUAAGGAAUGUGGGAAGGCCUUUAGACUUCGUUCCUCGCUUAUUCAACACCAGAGGAUUCAUUCUGGCGAGAAGCCUUACAAAUGUGAAGAAUGUAAGAAGGCAUUUAGACAGCAUUCACACCUUACUUACCAUCAGCGAAUUCAUAGUGUAACUUAAUAAUUAAAUAAAAGGAAUAUCAUUUAGCCUGUGUUUCCUGUAUAAACUGUAUUUACUAGCAACCAGCAAUUGGUAAUGUGAAGGUUUUUAUAGAGAAUUCUAGCAAAUGAUUGCAGAAAAAUAUUGUAGAAUUGGAAAACUCUACUAGAAAAAACACAUUAUAGUAAUGUAAGUAGGGACAAUUCUCCAUAGAGAUUAAUGUCUUGAGUGAAAGAUUAACUUGAACUUCUAGUGAGUAGAUCAGGCUAGCAACAUCUGAACCCAUGUGUCACUCAACCUCGUGAAGCUAGGACCAUAAGAUGAUAUGUGCCUCCUAAUGUUACAGGGUACGCAUCUUGCCAGAGUAUUGAAUCUGAAUUUAGCCUGAACAUCUAAUUCCAGUUCAAAAAAAUUAAGAAAUGGAAAAAAAAUGACAUGACAUGACAAAUCUGAAAUGUAAGUAGUUCUACAAGACAAAUAAAAUGCUUUCUCAGUGAAUACAAUGACAUUGCAAAAAAGAAAGUGGAAUUUUUAAGAAACAUAUCUAUCAAAUGCCAUGAAAGAGUGGUUCUUAAUUAGAUCAUGAGUUGAACGAACAUUUAAAAUAAGAUAUUUUUCCAACAAUUGAGGAAAUGGGAACAUUGAAAGUAUUAGGUAAUAUUAAGAAACUUUGUUAGGUAUGGAUAAUAGUACUGUAGUUAUGUGAAAAAUAUCUGUGUUAGACAUAAAUUCUCAAGUACAUUCACAGAAGAUAAUGUGAUAUCUAGAAUAUCCUUUAAAAUGCUCUUGCAAAAGAAAAGUGAAGGUAAAUAAGUGGCAAAGUGAUGGCAAACUGAGUGUUGAACACAUGAUUUUUAUUUGUUUCUUGAUUUUUUUAAAUGAAUUUUUAUGUAUUUGAAAAUUUUCUUAGUGUUCUUCUAAAAAUAAAAUUAACUACUAAAUUAUAACCAGUUUGAAGCAAAUGACUUUUUAAAAUGUCUGUAUAUUAAAAUUUGUAAGCCAGGUAUGGUGGUCCACUCCUGUAAUCCCAGCACUUGGAAGGUUGAGGCAGGAGGAUUACUGUAAAUUCACAGCCAGUCUGGGUUACCUAGUGAGACCUUGUCUCAAAAAAGAAUUUUUUUUUUUUGUGGAAGUUGCCAAUGCUCUACACAUUGGUAUCUUAAUUAUCUUUUGAUGUAUGUGGGACUGUUCAGACUAUUUGUUUACCUCUUAACACUGCAUUAUGAUACCUGUCCCAUUGUAAGCACUUCAUAUGUUUCAAGAAUCAAUAAAAGAAAGCAAUUACCAUA